AGAUGCUCGCGGACCGACGGCCGCGACGGACCGGUGGCCAGGCUCCGCGCUGUGACUACGGGCGAGAGAGCGACGCGAGUGCAGUGUGCGUGUGCUUGACAGGCAGGGCGAGUGCAGGGCUAGAGGACCAUGACGGCGGGCCGCAGCUGAUCGCCGCCCACGCACCCGUAGCAUGGCGCCGCUGCUGCUGCUGCUGCUCCCGCUAGCUGCCGCCCACGUGGGGGCGGAGGGGCGAGAGGCGCCGCAGCGCUACACACGCCAGUGGGCCGUCCACGUGGAGGGCGGGCCGCCCGUGGCCGACGCCGUCGCCGCCAAGCACGGCUUCGUCAACCUCGGACAGAUCUUCCCCGACCUGUACCACUUCCAGCACAACUCCGUGGUGAAGCGUUCGGCCGAGCCCAGUCUGGAGCAUCACAACAACCUGCUGGGCGAGCGGGAGGUGAAGUGGGCCAAGCAGCAGGUGGUGCUGUCGCGGCCCAAGCGCGACCUGCUGCCGCUGUCGAUGCAGCUGAGGCCCGGCCGCAACUACCGCCAGACGGUGCUGCUCAACGACCCCCGCUGGCAGCAGAUGUGGUACCUGAACCGCGGCCACGGGCUCGACAUGAACGUGCAGGGCGCCUGGCUGGAGGGCAUCACGGGUCGCGGCGUCGUCGUCACCAUCCUGGACGACGGCCUCGAGACGGAGCACCCCGACCUCGUGCGCAACUACGACCCGCAGGCGAGCUACGACGUCAACAACCACGACGAGGAUCCGACACCGCGCUACGACCUCAUCGACACCAACCGGCACGGCACGCGCUGCGCCGGCGAGGUCGCCGCCGUCGCGAACAACUCCGAGUGCGCCGUCGGCGUCGCAUUCGGCGCCCGCGUCGGCGGCGUGCGCAUGCUGGACGGUGACGUGACGGACGCGGUGGAGGCGCGCUCGCUGUCGCUCAACCCGCAGCACAUCGACAUCUACAGCGCCUCCUGGGGGCCCGACGACGACGGCAAGACCGUCGACGGGCCCGGCGAGCUCGCGACCAGGGCCUUCAUCGAGGGAAUCACCAAGGGCCGCGGCGGCAAGGGCUCCAUCUUCGUGUGGGCAUCGGGUAACGGCGGGCGCGACCACGACAACUGCAACUGCGACGGUUACACCAACUCCAUCUGGACGCUGUCCAUCUCGAGCGCCACGGAGAACGGCGUCGUGCCCUGGUACUCGGAGGCCUGCAGCUCGACGCUCGCCACCACCUACAGCAGCGGCGCCUCCAGCGAGAAGCAGGUGGUGACCACGGACCUGCACCACCAAUGCACGAGCUCGCACACGGGCACGUCGGCGUCGGCGCCGCUGGCGGCCGGCAUCUGCGCGCUGGCGCUCGAGGCGAACCGCGACCUGACGUGGCGCGACAUGCAGCACAUUGUGGUACGCACCGCGCGCCCCAGCAACCUGCACACCCCGGACUGGAGGCUCAACGGCGUCGGCCGCAACGUGAGCCACUCGUUCGGCUACGGCCUGAUGGACGCCACGGCGAUGGUGCGGCUGGCGCGCUCCUGGAAGCCCGUCCCUGAACAGCACCGCUGCGAGGUCUCCGCGCCGCACACCGACAAACUGAUCCCCGCCAAAAGCCAAGUCACCCUGGAGUUGUAUGUGAAGGAAUGCGCCGGCGUCAACUACCUCGAACACGUGCAGGCCAAGAUCAGCCUGGUGUCUUCGCGGCGGGGCGACCUCACGAUCCACCUGACGUCACCGGCCGGCACGAGGGCGACGCUGCUGGCGCGCCGGCCGCAGGACGUGUCGAGGGCCGGCUUCCAGGACUGGCCCUUCAUGUCGGUCCACACGUGGGGCGAGCAGCCCUUCGGCCGGUGGACGCUCGAGAUCCACAACGAGGGACGCUUCCUGGGCAGCGUCUCUGGCUGGGAGCUGGUACUACACGGCACGGAGCAGCCGGCACAGCCAGACGACGACGCCGCCGCCACCGCCGCGCCGCCGCCUCCAACGGCCGCCCCCGGCACGGCCGCCCCCCGCACGCGGCCCCCGCCGUCGCUGCCCCUGGGGGCGGAUGCGGGCAAGCAGCAGCAGCGCUGGCCCCCGUACCCCCGGCCGCCCGCGCUUCACGACAACGAAGUGGCGCCGCCCCCGGCCGCGGCGCCCGCCUCCGCCCCCGACGCCGCUGCGCGGCCCCCUUCGGUCGGCGACGCCGCCUCCAGCACCGCCUCCGCCUCGGGCUGCGUGUUGCUCGCCAAGAACGGCCACGGCUGCCUAGGCUGCUCUGCCGACCUCUGGCUGCUGUGGCCGCGAUCGCCGGCGGCGCGCUGCGUGGCCGCGUGUCCCGAACAGACGUUCGCCGCUCCGCCGCCCGGCGGGGGCGGCGCGGGGGCGGGUACGGGGGUGGGCACGUGCGAGCCGUGCCACUACUCGUGCCUGGCGUGCGCCGGCCCGGGGGCGGGAGACUGCACGCGCUGCCACGGCGACGCCGAGCCGCGGCCGUCCGCGCAGGGGGCGGGCCGCCUCUUCUGCUGGCCUCUGGCGGCUGCCGCUGCAGAUGGCCUCGCCACCGGCCGCUCAGAGUGGUGGCUGCUGGCGGGUGCGGUGUCGAUGUCCGCGUCGGUGGUGCUGCUGCUGGCGCUGGCCGCCUGGUGGUGCUCGUCGCGACGCCGCCUGGACGCCACCGCCGACGCCGGUCGCCGGCGCGGUGUCUCCAGGGGCCGCCGGGCCACCUACGUCAAUUACCGCCGCGUCGGAGCCGACGAAGACGACGACGACGACGACGAUGACGACCACGUCCGCGGGAAGGACGCCGCCGUCAACCUCUCCACCUCAGAGUCCGAGUCGGAAGACACGCAGUACGACGCGGCUGGGCCGCGACCCCCAAAGAUGACCGCCAACGGCGCGCCACCGUGAGGAGGGCCUGCAGACCGGAGGCUGUCUAGAGGCGCCGAGGCGAAGCGACCGCUGAGCUCGGCGGAGUACCGGGAUUAGUGCUCUUCUCAAAUAUCUUGUACUUACCUCUCUAAGCCGCAGUAUCUGCUAAUUCCUCUGAAGGGCCCUUGCACUCGCCGUUUCCUGUGAUUUCCUGAAAUUCAGUUAAUCUAGUCCAAAACUUACGAGAGAGGACAGCGAGUGCCACUCUUAUCAACUACGAUUUGCUGUAAUGCAUUGUAGCUUCCCACUUCCUGGCUUUCCAUGCACGUUUCUGCUAUCGUACUGCCUCUUUCGUACUUAGAUUCUGUUACUGCUAUUGUCAUAGUCGUUCCUCUAAAAUCCCUCGGUCGUACAUUGCCGUUCAGCAUUGAGUUCGAUACGCCCCACAGUAGAGUGACAAUAUCGUAUCUCCGGCGUGCUAAUUCAAUGGAGGGAUUGCUGGUCUGAAUAUGCUUUCCUUCUUUGCUCUUUCUAAACAAACACUAGGGUCAGUGACACUGUUGCCAGUUUUUCAAAGUAAAAUCUUUGUGGGAAUGAAGGGUUUUAAAGACUGAAACAAUGUAAUGUAUUUCCUAAGUAGGGUAGAAAAUACAGCACCCCUAAGUUACAUGAAAUUUUAUGCUCUAAUCCCAUAAUUUGAUAUACUCUGACUGCAGUUUUUCCAGCAAUCCGCAUAACAGUACUUUCGUGCGCAGCCUUUAUUACUGAGUAGAAGUCAAAACUGUUAUAUGAAAUUCCAGAUUAAAUUAGAAUUAUUAAUCAGGCGUGCUGAAAUUCACCAUGACUUAUAUAGAAUAUCGUAUUUUAAUACGUCUUAAAUGUAUUCCCAUUAUGCGGAGCGGUAUUAGGUGGGCGUUCAACAAAACUCAGGGAUACGAGGUUUGGAAAUAACAGCAACGAUUUUGCACGUUUCGAAAGUUCUAAACAACUUGCAGAAACUUUGGAAUACUCUUUCUUGAAAGAGUUUAAUUGAAAGAAAUUACAUUCUAUUCAAAACAUUCUUCUCUCCUGCUGUUCCUACUACUACUUACUCUGCUGCCGUAGAUAUAAAUGCUGAGCAGAAAAAAAAAAUGAUGGUGUCAAAAGCAGAAUGGAACUUAUCCGUAAAUUUUCAAAUUAGUCCUUUUUGGUGUCUCCUGAGGUAAUUCAUUUAUGACUGACGAAACCAACUUUCUAUUUCAAAGCAGAGAUUAUACACCUUCAUCGGCCUCUAGAAAUAUGCACGGAGGCCUUCCACUCUGCAAGCAACGACAAACCGGCACGUUCUCAGAGACACUGUUCCUUAUCGCCAUAGAGAAUUUUUAGUGAUAAGUACUCCCGUUCCACCCAUGCUACUGCACAGUCAAUUAUGUUGUCUUUAGCGAAUACGAAUAUCCGCAUUCACGCAUGCCACAUUACUGUGCCAUAUAUAUUUUUCACACUUGCUAUUGUCAUCUAAAACUCUGCUUUGAACACUCCAAAGUUUAAAGAAUUUCUUAAAUGUGUCUGCUCUUAUCUUCAAUCCCCCUUUUUAUUUUUCCUAUACUUAUUUUUAUCUUUUGUUUCCUUUUGUGUUCAGAAACAUGUAAUAUGAUACGUACCAUUGAGAAAGAUAUUUACAAAAUAUAAAUUACUGCUUAUCGAAAUAUACAGAGAUUCCUCGCACAAAAGUCCUGACUUCGUAUAAAAAUAUAGAAUUCUACCUUAAUUGUAACUUGAUACCAAUAAGAAUAUAUAAAUGAUGGUCUAACAUUAGUAGUGUGCAACCUCUUCAAAAUAAAAGGGCCCUAUAUUGAAUAGGAAUAAAAUGUCGUUGCUGUGGACAUUAAUACAAAGUUGUUCACACCUUGAGACAAUGUAAAUCUGCAGAUGAGCUUUAAACUAUACCUGUAAAAUGUGAUAAGUUUUUGCAAUGUAAUUAUUAUUAUUAAAUAGGCAGUAUCUGCGCUCCCUCUGCAAACUUAAUUAGUCGUGGACUUGUUACUGUUUUACUGUAGUGACGUGAGUGAGAGAAAACUAAUAUGGCAAUGAAUGAGUUUCUGUCUUUCUUGAGUGCCUUAGCGUUCGCUCAAAUUGUGAGCAACUGCAACUGUCUCAGUAAUACUCCAAAUACUUUCAAAUGAAUAACAUCAGUCAAAACAGCCACGUUUUGUGUAUUUUUGGUGUACUCAUGACAUUUAUGAAUAAGCCACUUCUCAAAGUAUGUAACGGAAAUGUACUUUAGCUAUAAGCUGAUUCAGUAUCCUGUUGCCCUGCAGAGGAUUUUUAAUAUUUAUGGGGAAAAAAGAUUGUUUUAAAUAAUUGACUUACUUUUUCAAAAGGUGGUGGGAAAUCUUAAUUUUUGUAAAAUGUAACUUUUAUCCUAAAAUGUUCAUGCUUUCAGGAAAUCCUUUAAUUCGUUGGUAUAAAAUUAUAAAUGAUCAGGAUUGUUAGCCUGUUAUUCCGGAAGCAUAGUCAUUGUGAUUUUUGUAUGAAUGUUAGAUGUGUGCAAUGUACAAAUCAAUAACUGCUGUGAAUAUUAUACCGUUCAUUUAUCAGGCAAUUUACAAAUGUCUUUCAUUUAAAGUAAUUUAGAGGCGUAGUGUAGCUACUAUAGUUUUCAUCACAAGUAGUUUAAGAAUAUUGUUUUGCCAAUAAUGAGUUAUUCGAGAAAAAAGUGCAAUGUGUGGAGAAAACAAGACUUUCGACAUUAAUAAAAUUUAUGUUCCUA